GUUAAGGUAUAGCCUAAGCGUCUACACCUUGUCAUACCCACAUGUCUAUGAUUUUUAGGACCAAAACAUUUGGGAGGAUGGGAGCCCCUACAUGUGCUCGACCCCUCCCCCUUACAGCUGAGGGGUGACUGUUGCUGCUAUAAGAACCCUCCCUGUCGUGAUGACUAUCACACUAGACCAUCCUAUGGGGAAGUGUCAAAACAAACUGGGGACUUCUGCAGGGCUGGUUAAACCUUGGAGUUACUUUUACGCACGGCUCUUAUCUAGCCUACAUGCAGCUGUUUUCUACUUGAAAAUAAGGGAUUGGUCUUCCCCUGUGCAACACUUGCUUACCCAUGAUGGCUUUCACUAUGCUGAGGCCGGUGUCGACACAUCCCUUCUCUUACCCCGCUGACCUGACCUUGGUGUCGGACGACGAGGAGGGGAACCGCAGCGAGAGCGACGGCAGCACCGACCAGGGCUACGGCUGCUGCGGUAUUCCGGUGGAGAGUUACCCGCGGGAGUCCGGCGGUGUGGUGGUCCGGCAACGGAACGCCGCCAACGCUAGAGAGAGACACCGGACCCAGAACGUCAACACGGCCUUCACGGCGCUGCGGACACUGAUCCCAACGGAACCGGUGGACAGAAAACUCUCCAAGAUCGAAACGCUGCGCCUGGCGUCCAGCUAUAUUUCGCACUUGGCCAACGUGCUGGUGGUCGGGGACGGGAGGAAGGACGGUCAGCCGUGCCUGAGUGCCGUGUACAAGGAGGUGAAGGGCAGUGGAGACGGCAAACAGCCCCGGACUAUCUGCACAUUUUGCCUCAGCAACCAACGGAAAGGGGUGAAGGACAGACGAGAUUGUGUGAAAAUGCACGGAGGUGGUGCGAGACAAAUAAGUCGCAGAUGAAACUGUCUGACUUGGAGCAGGAUCGGAACUUCUCUUCAGAGCAGAGCUUGGGGGAAACCUCCAGCAGCCAUAGACUCUAGAGACAUCUCUGCACAGCAACAGUCUUAGAGGACUACUCAGGUUUUUCGGUAGUUUGCCUCAUUGGUCACUUCACCCAAGAUGAGACAUGAUGGCAGCAAAACAGGCCGUGUCUCACCAGCAGAUACAGAUACAGUGCAUUCUAAUGCUUUAUUUUAUAAUAUCAUCAGGAGAUACUGUAAAGCAAGUAAGUAGCGAUUGAAGCACCCACAAGGUUGGAUGUUCUUUUCAUUGGAAUGACAAACCUGACAGACAUUUUAAAUAUACAGUCACAUUCUACACAAAGGAUGAACUUUUUACGAGCUGAACACCCCCCCCCCCAACUCUCCUAGCCUAAUGUUCUUGUUUACACAGGAAGUAAGUAACGUCAGACAUGUCUUUGCAUUGUUUAUAUGCACUUACCUAUUGAUGAAUGCUAAAAAAUUUGUUGACAGCAGUACAAAAUCUAUAAGCCACUGAACAUAAAACAAUAUGAAGUCUGGAUUGCUAAAAGGUUCAUAAUCAUACAGCACUUUGGAUCAGGCUUAUCACCUAUGAUUACUUAAAGGCACAAUCUGUGAUCCAAAUUCAACACACAGAAGUUGAAGCAAUGAUCACUUUGAGAUUGAUUGAAACUUUUUUUUUUUAUAUGGAACAAGUUAACAGGUGAUGUGAAAUUACAAGUAGGCUAAUUUAUAUUGCCUAAUAAUGGACCUUGAAAUACUUCAUGCUAAGACAUUAGCAUGACUACAGGACAGAUGGCUCUACUAGAGAUACAGAGAUGCUUUUUGUGCCUAUCCCCUCAUUACAUACUGUAUUGGGCAAGAUACUGAUGAAACAAACUGCCACAUAUGUUUGGGUUGUUCUUUAAGAUUAAACCAAUAUGUUUUGGAGAAGCUUGGCUCACAAACAGACUCCUACAGCUGAGCAGUUUCAGGAAUAAUAUAUGAGAGGAAAAGACUGCUCCAUCCGCUUAAGGGACACUACUUUGAUUUUUCAUUACAUGUUGUAAUCUACUUUAAAAUUAAAUUUAUUUUUACAUACA